GUUUAAUAAUCAAUCUCAUGUUUGAAUGAGCAAAGAUUUACCCGGGUCGGAUUUUGCACUGAAUUCCACAUGCUUCAAUUUCAGUGGGACGGAGACACAACAAUGCAGAAAUCCUGAAAACAAACGCCGCCUGGAAACACCAUUAAGAGCAAGAAAAGCUUCUUUAGCCAUAGCCAUCCGCCGCGAAUAACCCAGGACCUAGACAAGCCCAUCAAACAGGCGAUAUGGGAGGAGGCCAUGAAGAAACAGUGGACGAAGAGAAAAAGCAGCAGGAAGCAAACAAUACAGCGUCGUUUAAUGUCGAUGAUUUUAAGAUUAUAAAAGAAGGGGAGGCUGAGAUUCUCAUGCACGCCAAAAAUGAAGUCUUUUACAACAAAGCACAGGUUAAUAACAGAGAUAUGUCUAUUGCUGUUCUGAGGACAUUUAUAUCAAAACGGAAGCAAGAGCAUGAAGCAUUUCUGGCGAGACGAACAAAGGCAGCCUCAAAGGUUACAGAUGAGUCUGGUGCUAAGACAGAAUCUCCAGUUGAUACUGAUCAACAUGAUGGAAAACCUAAUGAUGGGUGUGAAGUCUCAGAAGAGACAUCUCAAGAUGAACCGUGUAGCAUUUCAGAAGAACUAAAUAAUAAUCUAGGAGGAAAAGGCAGAGAAUUGAAACCACCUCGAGUUCUUGAGGCUUUAUCAGCUUCUGGUUUGAGGGCUUUAAGAUAUGCACGUGAAGUUGAAGAGGUUGGUCAAGUUGUGGCCUUGGACAAUGAUAAAGCCUCUGUUGAAGCUUGCCAAAGAAAUAUAAAGUUCAAUGGUUCUGUAGCGGUCACAAAGGUGGAAUCUCACCUUGCUGAUGCUCGAGUAUAUAUGAUCACCCACCCGAAAGAAUUUGAUGUGGUCGAUCUUGAUCCAUAUGGUUCGCCUUCUGUUUUCCUGGACUCUGCUGUUCAAUCUGUUGCUGAUGGAGGAGUAUUAAUGUGUACUGCAACUGAUAUGCCAGUGCUCUGUGGAGGAUAUGGAGAGGUUUGCUAUUCCAAAUAUGGCUCCUAUCCGUUGAAAGGAAAAUAUUGUCAUGAAAUGGCGUUGAGGAUGCUUCUUUCCUGUAUUGAGAGCCAUGCAAAUCGAUAUAAAAGAUACAUUGUUCCCAUAUUGUCAGUUCAGAUGGAUUUUUAUAUACGUGUCUUUGUCCGCAUAUUUACUUCUGCUAGUGCGAUGAAGAACACUCCUUUAAAUCUUUCGUACGCGUAUCAAUGUAUUGGUUGUGAUUCAUUUCAUCUUCAGCCAAUUGGGAGGACUGUGUCAAAGGGCAACAGUGUGAGAUAUCUUCCUGGGUUUGGUCCUGCCGUUGCACAAGAGUGCAGUGAUUGUGGUAAGAAAUUCAACAUGGGUGGACCGAUAUGGUCUGCUCCUAUUCAUGAUCAUGAGUGGGUAGCCGAUAUUCUUGCUGACGUAAAAUCAAUGAAGGAGCGCUAUCCUGCUUACGACAAAAUCUGUGCUGUGCUGACAACAAUUUCAGAGGAAUUACCCGAUGUUCCUCUGUUUCUGAGUUUGCACAGCCUCUGUUCAACACUCAAAUGCACCCCUCCAUCGGCAAUUAUAUUCCGAUCUGCUGUUAUCAAUGCGGGAUAUCGUGUAUCAGGAACUCACGCGAAUCCUCUGGGGCUGAAAACAGAUGCACCAAUGGAGGUUAUUUGGGAUAUCAUGCGAUGCUGGGUAAAAAAUCAUCCUGUGAAAGCUCAACCACCUGAUCAAUCUGGAAGCAUAAUUCUGGCUAAGGAACCUGUUCUGCAGGCGAAUUUUGCACGAGCAGCGGCGGCAUCAGUGAACAAGGUACAGGCCAAGAAGGUUGCGCGUUUCCUUCCCAAUCCUGAACGGCACUGGGGUCCAAAACUUAGGGCAGGACGCCAGAUAACCAGCAAACACGUGUCGAUUUUGGGUCAAGAGGCAGUGAAUGGAUUUAGCAACCACGAAGACGGUGAAGAAUCUGCAAGCAAGCGUAAGAAGACAGAAGAUGCCGCCACCCCAGAUUCAUAAACAAGGAACCUGCCGCCACCUAAACAUCCUCGUAGCUUUGCCAAAUUGGCUUUAAUUUUGAUGAAUGUUUUUAAUCUUGUGUGUUUCCUCAUGGAGGGGGAACCAUCCCACUCCCAUUACUAUGAAAUAUGCAAAGAUCAGAAACCUCUACUUGUCGAAAUUUUUGAAUCCAGGAGGAAGGUUAAAAUUUGUUUGUUUUAGUAGGUUACAGUUGGUGAGUUGCUGUAAAA